AUGGGGGAGCGCGGGUUUGCCAUCAAGGCGGACGCGACCAAGACGGCGUGGGAGUCGGACGAAUUCCCGCUGCUGUGUGAAGGAUGUCUAGGCGAGAACCCGUACGUGCGCAUGAUGAAGGAGGCGUACGGCAGCGCCUGCAAGAUCUGCGCCCGUCCGUUCACGGUCUUCCGCUGGAAACCUGGCAAACGCGCGCGAUACAAAAAGACUGAAGUGUGUCAAACGUGCGCGCGGAUGAAGAACGUGUGUCAGACGUGCGUGCUGGACUUGCAGUACCAUCUGCCGGUGCAAGUGCGGGACGCGUUUCUGGCCAAAGAAGACGGUGGCGGGGACAGCCACGUGGCUGUGAACGUGCCGGAGAGCGACGCCAAUCGCGAGUGGUUCUCACAGCAGCACCUUCGCAUGCUGGAGCAAGAAGGAGCGGUCUCGGUCUACGGCAAAGCCACUGGAGCUGGGAGCUCGGCACUCUUGCGGAUGGCACGUCGGGAGCCGUACUACAAGCGCAACCGCGCACACUUGUGCUCGUUCUAUGCGCGCGGAGAGUGCAAUCGAGGCGACGAGUGUCCUUAUUUGCACGAAAUGCCACGAGACAAGGACGAUCCGCUGGCGAAACAAAACAUCAAGGACCGGUACUACGGGAAGAACGACCCCGUGGCUGCGAAGAUGCUCGGUGGAGAUCAGAAGAAGAGUCAGCGCGAUGGGAAACACGAGCGCAAACCUCGAGGAUCUUCACUAGCGCUGGAAGGUGCAGUGAAGCCGAAACCGCCUCCACUUCCACGUGGACAGAAGCCGCCGCUUCCAGCUGGACCGCCGCCGACUGUGGCGUCGAAGGCUGAGGAAGAGUUGAAAGGCUAG